CUGGCCCCGCCCCCGGCCCCGCCCCCAGGCCCCUCCUCCGCCGCCGCCCGCCGGGCUUCUUCCUGGCGAGCCGGUGGCCCCCGCCAGCUGGGCCGAAGCCGGACAGCCUUGGCCAUGAGCUGGGCCGCCGCGCGCCCGGGCUGGCGGCAGCUCGCGCUCUUCCUGGCGCUGCCGCCGCUGCUGCUGCUGCGGACGGGCGGCGCGGCCGGCCCCGCUAACCCCGCCGCCGGGUUGGCCCCUCCUCGGUUUAACGUGAGCCUGGACGAGGCGGCCACCCAGCGCUGGCUGCCGGUGCUGCGGCACUUCGACCCCGGCUUCCUGCGGACCGCUUUAAACACCGUCAUCGAGGAGACUGUCCCCAGCUGGGUUCACGAAGUGCUCACGCCGGUGGCCGCCGAGAUGGACAGGUUCCUGCCUCAGCCCUUUGAGGGCGAGAUCAGGGGCAUGUGCGAUGCCCUGGGCUUGAGCGUUGGGGACGGUAUCCUCAUCAAUCUCGCCUAUGAGUUCAGCGCAUUUUGUACCAGCAUCAUCGCCCAAGAUGUCAGUGGCAACAUUUACCAUGGUCGGAACUUGGAUUAUGCAUUUGGAAGUUUUUUGAAAAAGUUGACAAUUGAUGUGCAGUAUCUAAAGAAUGGGCAGAUUGCGUACACAGGAACUACAUUCGUUGGUUAUGUAGGUUUAUGGACUGGACAAAGUCCACAAAAGUUUACAAUUUCUGGUGAUGAACGAGAUAAAGGUUUUUGGUGGGAAAAUGCAGUGGCAGCUCUUCUCAGAAAAAAUUGUCCUGUGAGCUGGCUUCUUAGGAAUACCCUGGAAGAAGCUGAGAACUUUGAAGCUGCUGUGAUCAAACUGGCCAAAACACCCAUUGUUGCGGAUGUUUACUAUAUUGUGGGAGGCGUGUCUCCCAAGGAGGGGGUGGUCAUCACGAGAAAUAGACAAAGUCCUGCAGACAUCUGGCCUCUGGAUCCCACAAAUGGAGAGUGGUUCCGAGUUGAGACAAAUUACGAUCACUGGAAACCAGUUCCCCAGUGGGAUGACCGAAGAACCCCUGCUAUCAAGGCCCUUAAUGCAACUGGACAGGGAAAUAUCAACUUGGACACACUUUUUAAGGUUUUGUCAGUGAUUCCAGUUCUGAACAAUUUCACAAUUUAUACAACAGUAAUGAGUGCUGCAAAGCCAGACAAAUACAUGACUUAUAUCAGAAACUGAAGGUAAAAUAUGUGAAAAGAAAAGCUGGAUUUUCCUAGCAUUGCAAUGAGAAACAAAAUUAAACCAAAAAACCCACAAGUGAAUAUAUUAUAAUCUGAUAUGGAGACAUCCAUGCUCUACUGUAUCCAAAGGGGACCCUAUAAAACCAGGGGUUAGUAAAGAGGAUGAUGAUAGUUGCUGCCCAAAGGGGUUAAAAUGAUUUUCAUAAUUUUCCCUGAUUUUAUUUAUCCCAAUUUGAAAAUCCUAAAAAGCCAGGUUGUGGAUGCUAUGGGCAGAUGUCUACUUCUCCAUGCUCUGGGAUAUUCUCCUGUAAAGUGAACUGAUGAAGAUGAAAAUUUUCUUUUGCUUUUUUUUUUUUUUUGCACUGAGGCAAUUAGGGUUAAGUGACUUGCCCAGUGUCACACAGCUAUAAAGUAUUAAGUGACCUCUGAGGUCACAUUUGAACUCAGGUCCUCCUGACUUCAGGGCCGGCUGUGUAUCCACUGCUACAAGAUGUUUGGGGAAGAAAUAGAAUUAUAAUAGAUAUAAACAUUGAGCUUGUAUGAUGCCUUAUAUUUUGGAUAAUGAAAGCAUGAUUUUUUAAUUAUAUUUUUCUAUUUAAUUGUUAUUUCUGAUAUUUUAUGAAAGUUCUGUUUAAAAUUUCUCCUGACUCAAAUCAUUUUAAAAAAAAAAACUAACCUAUUUUCUUAUUUCUUUUAAAUAGUAAGCCACUACCCUAGCCAUCACUAUGAUUAUGUCAAUUGCUGGGCUGGGCAACAAAUAGAUAAAUCAUUUUGAACAAUUGAAUAAAAGUUUUAUAAAGAU